GCUUCUUUCCCCACCAUGUGACCCCCGCUCAGUUUCCCUCCCUCACGUCACGUGGUGCGGCCGCCAGCGGGCGGGGAACGGCGGCCGGCCGGGGUCAGCGCCCGCGUGUCGCGUUCGCCUCGUUUUGCCGCCGCCGCCGCUACCGCCUCCCUCCUGGGCCGGGCAGCCGGAGCCGCCGCCAGAGCGAGAGAGGCCGCCGCGCCCGCCCCUGGCAGCCGGGCAGUUACAGCUCUGCACCAUGGAUUGGCAGCCAGAUGAGCAGGGACUACAGCAAGUGCUGCAGUUACUCAAAGAUUCCCAGUCUCCUAACACUGCCACGCAGCGUGUUGUCCAAGAUAAACUGAAGCAACUGAACCAAUUCCCCGACUUCAACAACUACCUGAUAUUUGUCUUGACUCGGCUGAAAUCAGAGGAUGAACCGACUCGCUCGCUCAGCGGGCUGAUCCUGAAGAACAAUGUGAAGGCGCACUACCAGAGCUUCCCUCAGCCCGUGGCGGAGUUCAUUAAACAGGAAUGUCUCAACAACAUUGGCGAUGCUUCCUCUCUUAUCCGAGCCACUAUCGGGAUUCUCAUUACCACCAUAGCGUCCAAGGGGGAGCUUCAGAUGUGGCCGGAGCUCCUGCCGCAGCUAUGCAACUUGCUGAAUUCCGAAGACUACAACACAUGUGAGGGGGCCUUCGGUGCCUUGCAGAAGAUCUGUGAGGAUUCUUCCGAACUCCUGGACAGCGAUGCUCUGAAUCGACCCCUGAACAUCAUGAUUCCCAAGUUCCUUCAGUUCUUCAAGCACUGCAGCCCCAAGAUCAGGUCCCACGCCAUCGCCUGUGUGAAUCAGUUCAUCAUGGACCGAGCUCAGGCGCUGAUGGAUAACAUCGACACCUUCAUCGAGCACUUGUUCGCUCUGGCGGUGGACGAAGACCCUGAGGUUCGGAAGAACGUCUGCCGAGCGCUGGUGAUGCUGCUAGAGGUCCGGAUCGAUCGACUGAUCCCUCACAUGCACAGUAUCAUUCAGUACAUGCUGCAGAGGACCCAGGACAACGACGAGAACGUGGCCUUGGAAGCCUGUGAGUUCUGGCUGACGCUGGCCGAGCAGCCCAUCUGCAAAGAGGUGCUGUCCUCGCAUCUGGUGCAAUUGAUUCCGAUCUUGGUGAAUGGAAUGAAAUACUCUGAAAUCGAUAUCAUAUUGCUAAAGGGUGAUGUGGAAGAGGACGAGGCCAUCCCGGACAGUGAGCAGGACAUCAAGCCCCGCUUCCACAAGUCGCGCACCGUCACCCUGCAGCACGAGGAAGACCGGACGCAGGAUGACGAGGACGGGGAGGAUGAGGACGACGACGACGACACGCUGUCGGACUGGAACCUGAGGAAGUGUUCAGCCGCGGCCCUGGAUGUCCUGGCCAACGUGUUCCGAGACGAGCUCCUCCCGCACCUCCUCCCGCUGCUCAAGGGGCUGCUCUUCCACCCCGAGUGGGUCAUCAAAGAGUCUGGGAUUCUAGUCCUGGGGGCCAUCGCUGAAGGCUGCAUGCAGGGCAUGGUGCCCUACCUCCCUGAGCUCAUCCCGCACCUCAUCCAGUGCCUCUCGGACAAGAAGGCCCUGGUGCGCUCCAUCGCCUGCUGGACCCUCAGCCGCUACGCCCACUGGGUGGUGAGCCAGCCCCCCGACAUGCACCUCAAGCCGCUGAUGACGGAGCUGCUCAAACGCAUCCUCGACAGCAACAAGAGGGUGCAGGAGGCAGCCUGCAGCGCCUUUGCAACCCUGGAGGAGGAGGCUUGCACGGAGCUGGUCCCCUACCUCAGCUUCAUCCUGGACACCCUGGUCUUUGCCUUUGGGAAAUACCAGCACAAGAACCUGCUGAUCCUGUACGAUGCAAUUGGCACUCUCGCCGAUUCCGUGGGACACCACCUGAACCAGCCGGAGUAUAUCCAGAAGCUGAUGCCCCCUCUGAUCCAGAAGUGGAAUGAACUGAAGGAUGAGGACAAGGAUCUCUUCCCUCUGUUAGAAUGCUUGUCGUCUGUAGCAACCGCUCUCCAGAGUGGCUUCCUUCCGUACUGUGAACCCGUCUACCAGCGCUGCGUGACGCUGGUGCAGAAAACGCUGGCACAGGCCAUGAUGUACAAUCAGCAACCGGACCAGUACGAGGCCCCCGACAAAGACUUCAUGAUCGUGGCCCUGGAUCUGCUGAGCGGCUUGGCGGAGGGCUUAGGGUGCCACGUGGAGCAGCUGGUGGCCAGAAGCAACAUCAUGACGCUGCUCUUCCAGUGCAUGCAGGACACCAUGCCGGAGGUUCGGCAGAGCUCCUUCGCUCUCCUGGGAGACCUCACCAAAGCCUGCUUCAUGCACGUCAAGCCCUGUAUCGCUGAGUUCAUGCCCAUCCUGGGCACCAACCUGAACCCGGAGUUCAUCUCGGUGUGCAAUAACGCGACCUGGGCCAUUGGGGAGAUCUGCAUGCAGAUGGGGGCGGAAAUGCAGCCGUACGUCCAGAUGGUCCUGAACAACCUCGUGGAGAUUAUCAACCGGCCAAACACCCCCAAAACGCUGCUGGAGAACACAGCCAUCACCAUCGGACGCCUGGGUUACGUUUGCCCUCAAGAGGUCGCGCCGAUGCUACAGCAGUUUAUCAGACCCUGGUGUACGUCUCUGCGGAACAUCCGUGAUAACGAAGAGAAGGACUCUGCCUUCCGCGGCAUCUGCAUGAUGAUCGGGGUGAAUCCCGGCGGAGUCGUGCAGGACUUUAUUUUCUUCUGCGAUGCUGUUGCUUCGUGGGUGAGCCCUAAGGAUGACCUGAGGGACAUGUUUUAUAAGAUUCUUCAUGGCUUCAAAGACCAAGUCGGCGAGGAGAACUGGCAGCAGUUCUCUGAGCAGUUCCCGCCUCUGCUGAAGGAGAGGCUAGCUGCGUUCUACGGGGUCUAGGCAACGCAGAGAAACCAAACUAGGUUCCUGUAUGUGCUGGGAGGGUUACUGGGAACUCGUCCACAGGUGUUGCAGAGCCCUGUUAAUGGGGGGUUAGGGAGGAAGGGAGGAGCAUUGUGGGACAUAAAAUGACUUCCCUCCCAUCUCCUGAAAUUUAAAGGGGGGGGACCGCCGAGAUCAAUUCAAACAAGCAACCAGGGGAUCUCAGCGAUUGGGAAAAGGGGCUCUUUCCUCCUUUUUCAGGGGUCAUCUCUGGUAGAUGGGGAUGGGGUGGGGGUUGGCCGUGGGCCGAAAUAGGGGAGCGAUCUUAAACUGCAACACUUCCUGAGAAGGGGAUCUAACUAGGGCCAUAAUAGCAAAGGACUAGCUAAUAAUAAUAAUAAUAAUUUUAAAAAAAUCAUUUAAAGGCUAGGUUUUAAAAACAAAGAUACGAAUAAAAAGCUAAAAUUGGAUAAAAAGUUCUAAUGGUUUAAAAAUCUAGCUGUUGAGAACGGAAGGGUUAAACUAUAAUAAACACAAGGUUAUACUACUGUAUAAAUAGUACCAGUCACCGGUGUUUGAGAUCAGCUUUUCCUCACCUCUUCCAGACUGCAUGGUGACAGAAGUAGACUAGCAAUCCUGUGAGUAGCCCAUAAUUAAGUGUAAUCGUUUUUCAUCUAGAAACUUAAAACAGCAAGAAAAAAAACCUUUUCUGAAAUAGUUUCCAUGGCAGCGUUUACUGAACGCACUGCACAAAAAAAACCCCAACCCGUAAGGACCUCCUGAGCCGAGAUCCAGUCGAUUUCUUUUGUGAAGGGGGCCUUGUAAUAAAUACCGUCGGAGAAGCAUGUUUUUUAUAAAAAACAAAACAAAAAAAAUCAAAAUACACAGUGCAGUGAAUUCUCUUAAUCUGUCCUUCAGCUACAGACAGAGGGAGGUGAAAGUGACUAUGGUGGGAUUGUAAAUGAUGCAGUUGUAUCAUGCAGAGGGGAGACAUCCCGUCUUCACCUGGUUUAUAGCGCACCUGAUCAGGGAGACAUGUACUGCACUCGGUCCCAAGUAACAUCAUUCAUUACGGUUAAUUACGCUUUCUGUCUUAAUGGAGUUUAUGCCACAUCUGCCACUUCAGUUUACAAAAUAAGAGAGGGCAGUCAAGAUAGUGGAGCACCGAGGGGAUGGAAGUGUAGCUUUGUGUCGGCAACAGUCAGAUUUCUUUUUAAGACGAGUCCAUAAAUUCUGCUACAUGUUCAGUUGGAGUCUUGACAAGACUCCCAUGAAUUUUAGUCCCCCGUUUAUUUUUU